GAUGUGGAAAUUAUUAGUAUUGACACCUUCUUUGACCAUUCUAACAUCAAUCGUACGAUUGGUUAAACUUUCGCGACCGCUUCUGUUUUAAAAACUUCACGUUGAAUGCCGUCGGCGUAUAAGCUAUUGUGCUACCAUGCAAACCCCUCGUCGGAGUGCAGCAGCAGCAGCAGCUUCGUCGGUACAGUUGCCGCAACGUGAGCACGUGGCACGGACUGGCGGACUUCGUCAUAUUGAUCGACCUGAAUCCGUGCUCCGGUCGGCGCGUUGACUAGCGCGCUUGUCAGUACCCUGAAAGCGCUUGCACGCUGCAUUUAUACAGCGUAAUCGUGACCGCAUAGUCGGAUCGUGGGAUUUCGCGAGCUGCAUCGUGCUGCAUACCCUCGUACCCUCGUUUACGCGCGUUUCACCGUGCGUCUCGCUAUGCAUCGAUGAUGUAGACUCGUCGAUAGACGCGCUAGGGUGUCUGAACUUGAAGGAGGUGUAGGCACAGAGCCGUGCCGGAUCUCGUUCUGGAGGUUCGACAAUCGAAUCUGAGAUCGCGACACGCGAGGGAUGACCAAUAAAAAGAAAUAGAUUUUGUGUUCGUGUCGUCGUUUGAAAACAGGACGCCAGUGUUGUCACGAGACAUCUACUUUGUUAGACUCGGUGGUGCAAUAAAAGGACGGCACGAAGUAUAUGGUUGAACCGACUCGCUCUAAUCGGUCGCUGCUCGAUGUUUGAGAAAGUCUCGACAUGACGCGGAGCUAAACAAAGUGUAAGGAGAUCCUGCCGCUGUCAGCAUGUGGACGAAUCACUUGAUAGUGGCGGCAAUUGUACUCGCGGUUGCCAACGUCUGUCAUGCGGAGUGCCAGACUCGUUCCAUUUACUGCUAUGAAUGCGAUUCAUGGACGGAUCUCAGAUGCAAGGAUCCUUUCAACUAUACGGCACUACCCAGAGACCAGCCACCGUUAAUGACAUGUAACGGAUGCUGCGUAAAAAUGGUCCGCAACGCAAAAUCACCGUACGAGAGCGUGAGGAGAACGUGCACCGCGCAGCUACAAAUAAACUUAUUCAUGGUGGACCACGUGUGCAUGAUGGAAAGUACCGGCACUGGUCACAUGUGCUUCUGUGAGGAGGAUAUGUGCAAUCGUGUACCCCCGACCUCGCGCUCGAAUCCCGUACUCCUGCUGAUCCUGUCGACCAUCCUUGUUCUGCGUUCGGCAGUCUUAGGAGCCUCCGCUUGCUUUGUAGAACGUUGCAAUAAUCACAUCGUAUAACACCAAUUAAUUCGAUCCACCCAUCGCAGUGGUGCCAUAUCAUAUCCUUUGUAGAAAUUUUUAGCGAUUCGACAACACGACCAUUCGUCGGAACGAACGAUUGAGUUGGCUUCGAUUUCGAAGGCUUAAGAUCCUUCGAAGGAUUGAAGAAAGAGGCCAAGAAAGCAUAUAGAGCAUGUAGAGACGGAACGAUUGGCGUGUAUCAUUAUAAUCAUUAAUUUCGUGCCUCUUUCAAGCACGUGUUAUCGAUCCGUUGGAUCGCAUACAAAUUGAAUAUAUUAAAUUUGUAUAAUAUAAAAAUUUUAUCGAAGUUUUGCAUAUCUUACGAUAGUUACUAUAUGCAUAAUAGAAAAUGAGAAUGUUAAGAUGAGUUCGGUACAUGUUAAAUGCGCCGAAAAGAAAUAUAUAUAUAUAUAUAUAUAUAUAUGUAUAUAUAAAUAUUAUAGAUGUCUGCAAGAUACAUUCAUGUAUUCUUCCAAGAAACUUUAUCAUUCGCUAUAAUAUAGUUCAAAUUAAUUUUAUUAACUAACUUAUGUUUUCCUCGGAAGACAGGCCCUUCGGGGUAAAUGCAAUAUAUGACAGCUAGGCCGCGCACAAAAUUAUACUUUUAAACGAAAGCUGAAAGAAAGCUAAAAAAAAUGUUGUUAAAUAGCGAUAAUAAAUUUU